CAUAUAAUGCCAAAAGAAGCAACGAAGAAGACGAUAAAGGGUGCUAGGAAAGGUGUAGAGAAGAAGCCAGAGGGUAAAUUUGAGGAUCAAGAUGAAAUCAACAUCAACGAAUACAACAGUGAUAGCAGCAGCGAUUCAGAUGGCAGCUCAGACGAUGAGGCUAUCAGCAAGGAAGCUAAGAGCGUACCAAAAGCACCUACAAACGCACAAGUUAAAGCUAAAUUAGAGAAAGCCAAGGCAAAGAAGAACCAGAGAGGUGUAGUAUAUGUUGGACGCAUUCCACACGGUUUCUAUGAGGACCAAAUGAAGGCAUACUUCAGCCAAUUCGGUGAAAUAACCAGACUGAGGUUAUCUAGGAAUAAGAAGACUGGUAAAAGCAAGCAUUACGCUUUCAUAGAGUUUGAGAACCUCCAAGUAGCUGAAAUAGUCGCAGAGACGAUGAACAACUACCUUAUCGAUAACAGAUUGCUUGUCGUAGAGGUCGUCGACGAAAAAGACAUCAACGAACAUCUCUUCAAGGGUGCAAACCGCAAAUUCAGAGCUGUACCAACAGACAGAAUCGAGAGAAUUUCCUUCAAUAAGGAAAAGACCGAAGAAGAAAAGGAGAAAUCCAAGAAGAGGUACCAGGAUAAGCUCGCAAAGAAGCAGGAGAAGCUUAAUAAUGCAGGUAUCGACUAUCAAAUUCCAAUGUAGAUUAUUUAUUAGAUAAAUUUUACUCCUUC